AUACACUUGGCCCACUAUGUACUCUUCAGUCCUUUCUACCGGGACAUAUAGUUAAGGCGAUUGACUGGACAUUCUGGGCGUGUAACUUCUCCAAAUCUGCUGUGUGUCACCCGAGGUUAGGAACAGAUCCAACAUGGAGUUGGCUUUUAUUAUAGCAGUGGUAACACUGGGGAUUGCCCUUCCGUCCGCAUUUGCAUACCCUGGCGGUGCCCCAAUCCAGGCGUGUUCAGGUAUGUUACCAUAUCAUGGACAAAGCUCCGCUCAGAGGACUCCACCGCCGUUUUCUGUUACAACGUCCUCUAACACCUACAAUGGCCGCAGUAAAAUCACAGUGAGCCUGAAUGCGCCAUGCGGAAAUUUCUUCAAAGGCUUCAUGCUUCAGGCUCGACGAGCGGAGUUUGAUCAGGAUCAGAAUGAGGCUCUCGGAUCCUUCAACGCACCCAGCGGAUCUAGGAUCGUCACCUGUGGAUCCAGUCAGGCUGUAACACACACAGAAAGAACCCAGAAGUCCAGUGUGUCGUUUGAAUGGACUGCUCCAGCUCAGUCCUCAGGUCACGUGGUCUUCAUGGCAACGUUUGUGGAGCACUUUAGCGUUUACUGGGUGAAGGUGAACUCCACGAUCGUCUUUGACAGUAGACCAGCCGUAGGCUCCAAUUCUUCUGUGUACCCAUCUCCUCUUGCCUGUUCCACCACUAAGCAGCCAUUGAUGAAAACAACCACUAAGAUGGUGCAAAACAUCACAAGUACUACUCUGCUGUGGCAAACCACAACUAUGGGAACUUCAGUGAUGCCGGACAGCGCUUGUGGUGUCUCUAAAGGCUGUUUCAGCGAUUGUCGUGCUGGGAAGUGCUCGUUUCUCGUGAGCUGGGACUAUCAGUUUCAGUCUAAUGACAUUCUGUUUGAGAUACAGGCUAAAAUAUCGGGUGGAGGCAACAGAUGGAUGGCUAUCGGUUUCUCGAACGAUAAGGAAAUGGGCAAUGACAGUGUUGUGGAAUGUGUCUCUUAUCAAGGGCAGAUUAAUGUGUACUCGUCGUACAAUCACCCGUACUACAAGUACAACACAAGACUCAACAACAUGUACCUUGGCGUAACGAAAGUUGGCGGAUCGUUUAUAGAUGGCAUCUUCAAAUGCUCGUUUCGCCGAGAGAUUGACUCGCCAGAACCGGAAUUCUUUGACUUGUUUGAUGAGCGAUUCUUACUUUUGGCCACGGGCAAAACUCAACAGUUCUCGGAUGAUAAAAUGAAACACGAUGACCCGCCGUUCUAUACGGAGACGAAGUUCAAUGCCUUCGGCAAUGAAAAUAUGCCACCUCCCGUGAUCGCCAGCAGUGGCAAGGCGAAUACCGUGGGCGUGUUGCCAUUGCUGCUGUCGGCCUUCAUGUGUACCGUGGGAAAAUUUUUCCUGUAGAACCAACGGAAAUACCAUACAUAAGCUGCAAAAGUCGGUUCUUCAAAAGUGUAUUAAAAGUUAGACCAGGCUUAAAUCUUGAUACAAAUCUUGUUCUAAUACAUAACUUUUGGAAUUUUAAUCCAUCCAUAGUUUAGUUAGUACCUGGCUUAGAAAUUGUAAUACACUAUUGAACAACUGAACCCUGAUGACCAUAUAUACUACUAUAUAUCGCAUAAAAUACAAUGUGCAGCUUUCCUAUAUAUUACAAAUGACCACGUUUGGUUUAAUUUUAUUAUUAUUUUACAUGUGACCAAGCUCUGAGAAUCUUACUUAUCGGAAACAUACAUAUAAAAUAUACAUUAUAUAUUGUUCUAAGUCUAACGUUUGGUUAGUGGUUUUCGUUACUAUAUGUACAUUCAAGACUCGUGUGCUGCCUUGUUUUGAUAAUGGAAAGUUGUUCUUUGUAAUAUUGCUUCUGGGAUGAACUAGGGAAGUUUUUGGUAAAUCUACCAAGACGUCAGUUGCAUAAGUAAAAGCAGCAUUUAAAUAUUUCUUGCAUACAUUAAGAUUGAGUCUAUUGUCCACUCAUGCUAUAGGAAUUGGGAAAAUGGAGGAGUUGUUUGUCUGUUCCAUGGUUACAAAAUCUUUAUCAAACUGUCACUGUCCAUUAGAUUCAUAUCUAUUUUAAAUUGGUUUACAUAUGUAUGAUCUGUCUUAACAUCUGUCUGCUAUAGUGAGAAUAUAUGUUACUGAUUCGUGUAUCUCGUGUCUAUUGUUCUGUAUCAGCAUCACCACAGUUAUUAUUAACAUCUGUAUAUCAUGAAGAGUGUUGAAAAAGGUUGAUCUGAUUGUCGGUUAUUUUAAAUAAAUUUUCUAUGA